AUGCCCUUCGGUCUUACUAUUGGUACGGAGCGAGCGACAGCCCUCCAGAACGCGAUUCAAGAUGAGCUCAUCAAGCGGGGCUACAGCCCAGACGCCGGUUCGUAUCUCUUUUCAUCUCAUCUAUUCCUCUCCUUCUCUCGCCAUUCGGUGGUCGGAUACGAUGGGAUAUCGUUGGAUAGCGUUGGCAAAGCUCAUGGCAGUUAA